AUAGUGGUAGCUCACAUCUUGUCUACCCACCACACACUUAAAAAUCCAUCGCAAUGGAUAGAUCUUCCCAUCUCUACCUCUUUAUCGUACUUCUUCAAUGGCUGAUUGAUUAUAGCUCAGCUAUCUCAGCUGUUAACACUGAUCGUUCUUCCCUUACCGCCUUCAAAUCUCGAAUCUCUUUCGAUCCCCAUAAUAUAUUGACCAAAAAUUGGAGUGGAGAGGGAAGUAUUUGUAGUUGGAUGGGAGUUACUUGUGAUUCUCGAUAUCACAGGGUGACUCAGUUGAAUAUAUCAUCCAUGGGUCUUGUCGGAACCAUUCCACCAGAAAUCGGAAAUCUUUCUUCUCUCGUUUCUUUAGACGUGAGUGAGAACUCUUUUCACGGCCCUCUUCCACCAUCUAUCUUCAACAUGUCAAGUUUAGAAGUUGUGAAUUUGAGGAAUAAUAGUUUGUCUAGUAGUCUACCUCUUGAUAUGUGUAAAUACAAUCUGGAUAGACUCAAAAGACUUGGUGUUUCUUACAACAAAAUGUAUGGGAAAAUACCAUCGAGUUUGGACCAGUGUUCGCAACUAGAGUUUCUUGCUUUGUACAACAACAAUUUUAGUGGAUUUGUGCCGAGAGAAAUUGGGAACUUGACGAAGCUUCAAUUAUUGAACCUUGGUGCAAAUAAGUUGACUGGUGAUAUUCCAGAAGAGAUUGGUCGUCUAACAAAUUUACAAGGUUUGGGCAUGAGUGCCAACAAGUUAAAAGGCCCAUUUCCAGAAACUAUUUUCAGCAUGCCAUCCUUGCAAUCUGUUGACUUUGCCUCCAAUGAACUAAGUGGACAUUUAUCACCACAAAUUGGAAACAUGACAUCUCUUCUCAGAAUAGGCCUUGAAUUCAACAAUUUCAGUGGUAACAUUCCGAAGGAGAUUGGCCGUCUUAGUAAUUUCGAGCGGUUGAGCAUGUCUGGAAAUAAAUUUAGUGGACCAUUGCCAAAAGAAAUUGGGAACUUAACAACAAUGUAUGGAUUGCUCCUUCAUAGCAAUGCUUUAAGUGGUCAUAUUCCGAUAGAGAUUGGUCAUCUUAUUAACUUGGAGGAGUUGCAAUUGGAAGUAAACAAUUUGGAUGGAACAGUGCCCAAAGAGAUCGGAAACAUGACAUUCCUUAGCUACUUGUGGCUCAACAACAAUAAUUUAAGUGGUGAUAUUCCAAAAGGAAUUUUUCGUCUCAAUAAUUUAGUGUAUUUGAACAUCGCAAGCAACCGACUUCAAGGAUCAUUGCCGAGAGAAAUUGGUAACCCAAGCAUUGAAGGUCUAUGGCUUCACUUCAAUAAUUUAAGCGGUCCAAUACCAUCCACCUUUGUGAAUCAAUCCAGAUUGGUUACAUUGGCACUGCGUUCCAACAACUUAAGUGGAGUGAUUCCACCAUCCAUUUGCAACUUGAAAUCCCUCAAGACCCUCUAUUUAUCAGACAAUAAUUUGGAAGGAGCACUUCCAGAUUGUCUGGGAAACUUGAGCACAUCUCUGUUUAUCCUCCAUUUGAAUGCAAAUAAAUUAACUGGACUCAUUCCGUCAACAUUCACAAAGAAUUGCAGUCUCCAGUCAAUCAAUCUGAAUGGAAACAAAUUGGAAGGACCAUUAUCCCAAACCCUAGUCAAUUGCAAGGGUUUGCAGGGUAUUGACAUUGGUGACAAUGAAAUACGAGAUGCAUUUCCCUUUUGGAUGGAAAAACUACCUCAACUUCGCAUUCUCGUCUUGAGGUCAAAUAACUUCAAUGGUACGAUCGUGGUGGCUCCAACCACUGAGCAGCCGUUUCCAAAGUUGCAGGUAUUGGAUGUAUCUCAGAAUGCAUUUGUUGGCUCCCUGCCUGAUAGAUAUUUCAAGAACUUUCGAGGUAUGAUAGAUGCCAAGGAAAAUCAGACUCAUGACGAAGAAAAUUUGUUUCUAAACUAUAUAGAGGUGACACUCACAGUGAAAGGAUUGGAUCAAUUAUUGCAGCGCCUGUUGGAUACCUUUACAACUAUCGACUUAUCCUCCAACAGAUUCACUGAGAAUAUUCCACCUUCCAUAGGGAAUCUUAACUCUCUCAGGUACUUGAAUUUGUCUCACAAUACAAUUGGAGGACGUAUACCGCCAUCUCUUGGAGGUAUGAGUUUACUCGAGUCGCUGGACUUGUCUUCAAACAAAUUGGAGGGACAAAUUCCGGGUGAACUGGCAAAGCUGACAUUUCUUGCGAAGUUAAAUCUUUCGAUGAAUAAUCUCAAGGGACAAAUACCACAAUCCACUCAACUUUCCACAUUUGGUAACGAAACAUAUGAGGGAAAUGCAGGAUUGUGUGAUUUUCCAUUGACGAAAAAAUGUGAUACGAGCGAUGGAAAACCAUCGUUGUCGCAAGAAGAUGAUGAUGAGUCUGGUUUUGUGAACGGAUUUGGGUGGCAACCAGUUGUGUUGGGGUAUGGAUGUGGGUUCAUAAUUGGAGUUUUUAUGGGCUAUGAAAUUAUUCACUAUGAAAAGCCAAGAUGGUUGGCAAAAAAUUUUUUUGGUUAAACCAAUAGUGAGUAAAGUGCUUUAGUUGAUGUUAGUUUUGUUUGUGCAUGUGUAUGUGUUUGUUACAGUUGUGCAUGAGAUACUUUAGAAAAUAUUUUAUACGGUGAUGUUGUUGUAAUUAUAAUUAAGAAUGAUGUUGUUAUUACUAA